GAGACAUUCUCAAUAUUAUUAUUAAUCCAAAUGACUAAAAACUACACAUGGCGCCUUACUCAUCUAUAUCCAAAUUAUUUUUUACGUUUACGAUAGGACUUCCAUUCAUUUUCCUGUUAAUCAGUAUACUUCAAGUUGAUGCUGUUCGGGCAUUUGUGAACCAACAAGGUCCCAAGCCGCAAAUUUGGUUUGUGGUAGAACCGCCAAAUGUUGUUGUCGCUGCGCCCGUAAAGAACAAACCCGUCUACUUGCAAUGUCACGCGACAGUUGAACUCGAAAAGAACGACCUGCGUAAUUUGCAGUGCGGUGACUCGUCGAGUUCCUUUGACUUUUCCGACAAUCCUGAUCGCUUAGCGGCCGAAGAUGAUUACGAGGAAGAGGUGAAAGGCUACGAUCCAGCUCGCGAGCAACGCAUCAAAGACGGUUACCUGCAACAGCAGCAACGGACCUACCAAGAUGGGUUAUUGCCGCAAAUCCGAACGCAUUUUACCGACUUGAAGGCAGACGGCGAUGCAAUUCAGCAUUUGACACACUCCUUCGGUCACGCGGCCGACAGCGUGGACAACUUUGACGAAGAAGAAGACGAUAAUGAGGGCGAAGAUUUGGGCAUGUUCGGUAGCAGGGGACGUCACAGGCGGAACGUUAAUCGAGCACAGGAUUUGCCGAAACUCGAGUACGUUUGGUAUCGAAAUGGGGAACCACUACUGACAACAUCGGAUAGCACUCUAACAUUAAACGGAUUUCGCUUGAGUCCCAACGGGACACUCCGCAUUCAAUAUUCAAAUUUAACAUCUGGCGUGUACCGCUGCAUGGUGAACGAAACGCGGUGCGGCAUCGGAGCGGUGCUGUCGAAAAAUGUCCUCGUCAAAGUUGCAAUGUUGGAACGUGAUUCGAUAUCGAAUAAUAGUCACAUUGUGGCAAUGAGAGGCGGCUCAAUUGUAUUAAAUUGUCCAUUUAAAAGUUAUCCAGCAGCAAAAUUUUCAUGGUAUUUUAACAAAUUGAAUGAUGCGACAAUGACAACGACACCACUUACCACCGCAACAGCAGCAGAUACGACUGUGGCGACAACGACGAGCGUUCGGCUUGUAUCUUCCGCAAGCUUUACACCAUCUACGAAAGAUAACAGAUAUUUCUUGCUCAGCAACGGAAGUCUUCUCAUCACUUCGUUAACUUUAAAUGACACCGGAAGAUACAAGUGCGAAGCCCACAACGAGUACAUUCCCAAGAAAAGUCAACGAGUUGCUUGGACUGUGCUAAAGGUCGAGGAACCAUCUGAUCCGACUGUUAUCACAUUUGGUCUCAUGCCUUCGCUGCAAUCACGCAACUUGACCGUGACAACACACGAUACAUUGCGUCUGCAUUGCGGCAGCUAUUCCGAGAAGAUAUCGUGGUCAUUUACACCGAAAGGUAGCGACAUCCCGAUUCAAUUAACCGACUUUACGAAUGAAUUGAAGUACGUGAAUGCAUCGAUUGAUAAGCAUGAAGGAAUUUAUAACUGCUCUACACCGAGUGGGGAUUAUCAGUUAUUCAAUGUUACGGUCACAAGUCCUCCUGCUCUUCUCGAGCCACUGGAUUCCUUUACAACCUCCGUUGCCGCUCAAAUCACUUUUGUCUGCAAUGCCACGGGAAAUCCUCCACCCAACGUGACUUGGUAUCGCAAUGGAAAACGUCUUGAAAACAAUUAUGUGACCAGCAUCGAUGGCAAAAGUCUCAAAAUUAAUUGCGUUGAGCCAGAAGAUCAAGGCAUUUACGAGUGUUUCGCCCGCAAUCCGUAUGGAGAAGUAAAAUCCUCGACGCAUUUGACGGUCCGCAAAAAGCAACAGUACAAGGACUUGUCAGCACGUCCUCUCAACGUCAAAUGCUAUCCAGCUGACUUCAAUAGUGUCAUAAUUACUUACGAAUCGAAGGAUGUGUACAACACAAUAAACUACUACAUUGCCACUCGUGACCCUUAUACGUGGCAAUCGCCGCCUCCCUUGGACCCAAUGACAAAAUCGAGUUUCCGAAUUACGACUUACAUGGAACCAUUGCGAAAAUACGGCAUUUAUUUGCGGGGAACCAUUCGAAAGGACGCAAAAACGAGUGGUUCGAAGAAUGAUUACGCUGUUAUGACCUUGACUCGAAUGUCGGAUCUCGUGGAAUGCGCAACGCAAGGAAUUCCCGUGCGAUAUACCUCGAUGACGAACAUGAACAGUAUUUUCAUUUGGUGGGCAGACACGUUGAAGCUGAAUUUGACAUCGAUGGUGAUUCAGUUUUUGCAUAACGACACGAUGGAUCAACCGACGUUCAAGCACGAGAUUAUCGGAACGUAUGCGAAUUUUGGUGGCAGUAACAAUUACUUGACUUAUUCCGAAUUUGGACCGAGUUUGGAGAAAAUUCCCAUUGAAAGUGACGAAAAAGUGCGUCGCAAAAGAUUUUUGUGGAAUAAUGAUGACGAGCAUGAGAGCGAUUUGUACAUGAAGAUAUCGCGACUGGCAACGAGGAACGCUAUUUAUCCGAACAGCAACGAAGGCACGAUCAGUGAGGUGAAAGUUUUUGGGAAUGUCACGGGAAUAUUGAUUCCUAAUUCGCAAAGGAUCAUUGUCCGAGUGCUGGGAUCGACAGAACCCGAUGGCAGUUUGUUUCCGCAAGACUUGAAAUUUGUACCGUGGACGACGGUGGAGUUGGAAGAAGCAACGCUGAAAGUAAAAUUGUGGAUUGUCGAGAAGCAGGCACGGAAUAUGAGAGUGGAAUGGAGUCCGAUGGAGGAAGGAACAGAAAUAAUGAACAGUUGUAUGGAAAUUUGUUACAAAGAUACGAAACCGGGUUUCUUGCAACGCGGAGGUCGAACAAUGAAUUGCCGAAAAAUAAACCCAAGUGUAACCGAAGAGUAUGUGGACAAAUUAACACCUCUCACACCUUACAAAGUUUUUAUUCGAGGAUGCAACAACACGCAACCCCUGAGUGAGGUGAUGGAUGUUACCACAGAACAAGAUGUACCUGGAAUCAUCCAACACCAAAAUGUCACCAAGAUGGAAGAUGGCAUUGUUCUGUACUGGGAGCCGCCUACCCAUCCAAACGGAGCCCUUUUGUACUACCUCGUGGAAUGGACAAAGGACGGUGAUGACUUUGCCAGCAACAUUUCGAUAAACGGUCCCCUGGAAUUCAAGUUCCCCAAUACCAGUGCCACCGAUAAGUUCAACAUGUCAAUUAGGGCCGUCAGCAAGGCUGGCAAAGGCAAUCCCAUUCUCAUCGACUUGCGGAAACACAACAUCUUCGAAUUCCCCUACGACUUUACGACAGAUGACUCCAUCAAGGGCAUCGCUCUUGGCAUUUUCCUCUCAAUUUUCUGCAUCAUCAUUUGCAUUUACAUCUUUGUGCGGAAUCGUAAUUGCAACAAGACACCGCAAAAUAACCAGACAACGAAUAAUAAUCAUGGAUCGCCGCCUGGCAGUGGAAUUGGUGCCGGAGGUGCAGCUUCACUGGGACAAAAUCAGCUCAGUUGCACGGCAGACAUUCACGAGAUGCAAACUCUCAUAGCGAGUCAUGAUAUUUCGACAAUUGUCGCUAACGGGACGGUGCAGCACUACACGAGACCCGAUGUCACGGAAGUUUGCGAGAAUGUACGUACAUUGCAUAACGCCGAGAAGAUACUUAAACAAUCGCCGAAAUUGAGUAUAAGACGCGAAGACGGAGAUUCGUAUGAACUUGAACCACUGAGGGCGACAACAAAUGGAGAUACACCCAAAUUAACGACCUUUACACCGAAUGGCAACGUUUCAAAUGGAAAUGGAAUAAAGCCAAAUGGGAUCGUCACGAAUGGUUACAGUCCCGUAUCUGCCCCAAUUGUCGUCAAGACAAACGGAAGUCUUAGAAUAACGGAAAAUCCACAGUAUUCAAAGCCGUCAAACGACGUGAUUUCAACAAAUGGUGAAGCCUUUCUACCCUCUUCACCGAAUAACUCAUCAUCGAUUUUCGACUCAAGUCAACAGAAACUUCUCGACGACUCAAUAACAUCUACAAAUAGUUUUAGUAAUAGACGUAAUAAUAACAAUAGUAAUAGUAGUUUAAACAAUAGAGAUGUAAUGAUAAAGAUAGAUGAUAAGCUAAGCACGAGCACCUUGAAAAACUUUCAGCAGCAACACGAUGACUUAAGUUACGAUCUGAAUACAAGCAAUUUGAGUACAAAACCAUUAACUGGCCCCGCAAUUGGAUCAAGUAACACCAAUGGAUGGCUAUACAGACAACCAAUUGUUGGCCCGAAUGGUUAAUGAAUGACGGUAACAUGUAUAUUUUAUUUUUACAUCAUCUUCCAUUAUCGCUCGAACAUUAACUUCCACUCAGGCUUGGAUGAUCUGGAAAAAAAAAUUAAGUUUUUCCCUUUUGUUUAACAAAUCUGAUUUAAUUUUCUUAAAUUAAUUUAAAAUUAAUUUAAAAACUCAUUUUAUUUUAUUAUUUUCUAAUUUUGAUUAAAAUUCAUUUGACACUACCAAAAAAUUUAAAAGAAAACAAAUUUUUUGUGAAAUAUAAAAAAAUCAGAUUUAAUUACAGAUUCUUAGAUCAUACAAGCCUGCUUCCACUUUGCUUAAUUUUUAAUCAUUGUUAUUUUGUCUAUUUUAUAAAAAUAUUUAUUAUUUAAAAAAAAAUAAUUAUUAUCAUUGU